ACGUGGAUUUCUGCUCCUGCUGGACCACUUCCACUCAACACACCAACCAGGAGACAUGGACCUCCACCAGGACUCAGAUGGUCCAGGUGAUGUCUUCAACCUCACAUCAGGUCCUCCCCCCCACUGCUACGAUGGUGCAGAAAAGGAGGACUUCAGCAGGACAACUUAUGUUCAGGGUUUCCAGCAGAUCCUUCGUCCAGAUUCCCAGCAUGCUCCUGGGACACAUCGAGUCUAUGAUGAGCAGGACAUCCAAGAUCACCGUCACUCUUCCAUCCACGUCCACCAUCCUCUGUACAAACCAUCCGGGGACAGCUGGAAAAAUAGGACCAAUGAGGGACAGAAGGACAACAGGCAGGGCUCCGCCCCCAGCACCACAUCAACAAUAAAAGAAGAUCAGGUGAAGGAGGAAGGCCACAUAGCCACACCUACCAGGUGCCUCUCAGCUGGUCAGACCAGGACAGGUGUUCCUGUUGACGAGACACCAACGUUGAUCCACCUGAACUCCAAAAACGGUUGCCAAUUGGACGACUUUCCGCCCGAUCGACAUCACCUGGUGAGACGAAACUCCAGAGGCCCGAUCAUCCAUGUCACCAACAAUCAGAUCUAUGGUCAAGGGAAGAAACACCAUGGAGAGGACCUCACACCACAUGAGGUGUUCGUGGAGGUGCAUGAGCUGGUGAUCGACCAGAACCUGGAGCUUCGGUGGAGGGAGACCGGUCGGUGGAUCAGGUUCGAAGAAGAGGAGGAGGAGCGCUGGACGAGGCCUCUCAUCACCUCCCUAUCCUUCCAAUCCCUGCUUGAGCUCCGGAAAACCAUUUCCCAUAGUGCUGUCCUCCUGGACCUUAAGCAGAAGACUCUUCCAGGUAUCGUUCAGCAGGUGGUGGAGCAGAUGGUGAUCUCAGACCAGAUCAGGACUGAAGACCGAGCCAACGUCCUAAGAGCUCUUCUCCUGAGACACAGCCAUCCCAGUGAUGACAAAGAUCUCAGGUUCAUCAGCAGGAACAUCACAGCAACUUCUAUAAUGGACAACCCCAGCAGCCAAUCAGAGCUUUGCAUCAACAUGAGCAAUCACAGAGAGACUAAUGUGAGUAAGAGAUGCAUGUCAGGCCAGAUGGACAUCCCACCAGUCCUGCAGUCCAGGUCCAUGAUGGAGGAGAUCCCUGAGAGAGCCGAGGCCACCAUCGUUCUUGUCGGCAGCAUGGGCUUCCUUGACCAGUCCUGCAUGGCGUUCGUACGACUGCAGGAGGCGGUCCAGUUGGAGUCUGUGCUGGAACUUCCUGUCCCUGUCAGGUUCCUUGUCCUUCUGCUGGGUCCACCAUCAGCCAACAUGGACCACCACCAGAUGGGACGCUUCAUCUCUACACUCAUGUCCGACAAGCAUUUCCACGAGGCGGCAUUCCAGGCAGAUGACCGCCAGGACCUCUUGACCGCCAUUACCCACUUCCUGGACUACAGCAUCACCCCCCACCCCUCUGAUGCAGGAGACAAGAUGCUCCACUCAGUCACUCGCUUCCAAAGAGAAAUUCCCCAGAUGAGGGAUGAGGAGGAGCAGAGCAGCAAGCUGCAGGAGGAAACAGGAGGUCAUCAGGGUGAAGAUUCUCUGGUUCCAUCUAAAUCCAGCGACGACCUUCUGAGGCGUUCAGGUUGUGUGUUUGGUGGUCUGAUCAAAGACGUGAAGCAUCGUUACCCUCAGUACCUCAGCGACAUCCGGGAUGCUCUGAACCCUCAGUGUAUGGCAGCCAUUAUCUUCAUCUACUUUGCAGCUCUGUCUCCUGCCAUCACCUUCGGUGGACUUCUUGGUGAGAAGACUGAGGGCCUGAUCGGUGUGUCCGAGCUGAUUGUUGCUACGGCGAUGCAGGGCAUUGUGUUCAGUGUACUGGGGGCUCAGCCUCUCCUGGUGAUCGGCUUUUCUGGACCACUGCUGGUGUUUGAGGAGGCCUUCUACACUUUCUGUAAAGACAAUGGGAUUGAGUACCUGACAGGACGGGUGUGGAUUGGGUUCUGGCUGGUGCUCAUUGUAAUCCUCACUGUGGCUUUGGAAGGAAGCUUUCUGGUUCGGUUUGUUUCCCGCUUCACUCAGGAGAUCUUCUCCUUCCUCAUCUCCCUCAUCUUCAUCUAUGAGACUUUUGCCAAACUGGUCAAGAUCUUUAAGGAGCAUCCACUUCAAAAUUGUUACCAUGGAAACAGUUCAGCUUAUCCAUCUCUAUGCAACCACACCAUGGCUGCAAGGGAUUCUGGGAAGGUUGUUGGAGAGCCAAACACAGCCCUGCUGUCCCUGGUCCUCAUGGCGGGAACGUACCUCAUCGCUUUCUACCUGAGAAAGUUCAAAAAUAGCUCCUUCUUCCCAGGAAGGCUCCGAAGGAUCAUCGGAGACUUUGGAGUUCCCAUAGCGAUCCUCAUCAUGGUCCUGGUGGACUACAGCGUGGAGGACACCUACACCCAGAAGCUGAACGUUCCCAGUGGAUUCUCUGUGUCCAGUCCGGAGAAGCGAGGUUGGCUGAUUUCUCCACUCGGGUCAGACGGCCACUUUCCCAUUUGGAUGAUGGGUGCCAGCAUCCUGCCAGCCAUCCUCGUCUUCAUCCUCAUCUUCAUGGAGUCCCAGAUCACAGCGCUGAUCGUCAGUAAGAAGGAGCGGAUGCUGGUGAAGGGGACCGGUUUCCACCUGGACCUGCUGAUCAUUGUGGUGGUGGGCGGGAUCUCGGCCCUGUUCGGUCUGCCGUGGUUGUCGGCCGCCACGGUUCGCUCCGUCACCCACACUAACGCCCUGACCGUCAUGAGCAAAGAUGUUGGCCACGGAGAGAAGCCUCGCAUCCUGGAGGUUAAGGAGCAGAGGAUGACUGGGUUCCUGGUAGCGGUGUUAGUGGGUCUGUCCAUCGUGAUAGGGGAGGUCCUGCGUCAGAUCCCCCUGGCAGUCCUGUUUGGUAUCUUCCUCUACAUGGGUGUCAUGUCCCUGAACGGGAUCCAGCUUACGGAGCGGCUGAUCCUGCUCCUGAUGCCGGCAAAGUACCACCCGGACCAGGUCUAUGUCCAGAAGGUGCAGACACUGAGGAUGCACCUGUUCACUCUGGUCCAGCUGAGCUGUCUGUCUCUGCUGUGGAUUGUCAUGGCAACGGCGGCGGCGCUGGCGUUCCCCUUCAUGCUGCUGCUGACCAUCCCCAUCAGGAUGCUGCUGCUGCCCCGCCUCUUCUCCCACAGAGAGCUACAGAGUCUGGAUGCUGAUGAUGCAACAACCCACCUGGAGGAGACGGAGGUCCAUGACAAGUACUCACAGCUGCAGAUGCCCGUGUGACCCAACGCAGCAUGCUGAUUGGAUGGUUCUGAGCCAGUCUCCUUUGUGGUUCCUGUAGAACUGGGGGGGGGGGGGGGGGGGGGGGGGGCAUG